AUGAAUAUCCUGGAUGUGGCUAGUUCUGAAACAUCAGCUGUUGUAGUUCCUCAAUCCAGUGUGCAUAUUCUUAGAGAAACAUUGGUUAAGUGGAUUAUAAAGGAUAGUCUUCCAUUUGUUACUAACAGUGAAAAGAGAUCUAUUAGCAUGAUACUCAGUAUCAAAAUCCUUGUUAAAGGAUAUACUAGGAAAUAA